AUCAACAUCAAGAAAAGAAGAAGAAAAAAAAAAUACAUGAAUUAUUUAUUUUCGUUUCGUUUUGUUCCAAUUUUAAAAUUUCAACAGCUAAACGUAGCAGACAGAAAUCGACGCAACGACCGAUACACAGUCUAUUUUAUUUUACAGGGAAGCAGGAAAAUCAAAGUAACGUUGUUGCGUAAAUGAUUUCACAAGAAAUUGAUCAAUGGCAGAUAGCAGGGAAAAUAAGACAGAUGAUGAUGACUUAAGUAUUCCCAGGGCUGCGUUAAAUAAAAUGAUCAAAGAACUAGUGCCGAAUAUUCGAGUUGCAAACGAAUCAAGAGAGUUGAUACUGAAUUGCUGUACAGAAUUCAUUCAUUUGGUAUCAUCUGAAGCAAAUGAAAUUUGCAACAAACAACAGAAAAAAACUAUUUCUCCAGAUCACGUUCUUUUAGCUUUAGACAGUUUAGGAUUUGGCUCCUACAAGAAUGAUGCCCAAGCUGUAUUAGUUGAGACGAAAGCUGUGGCAGCUAAAAAGAGAAGAGGCAGUUCCAGGUUGGAGAAUCUCGGCAUUCCUGAAGAAGAACUACUUCGUCAGCAGCAAGAGUUGUUUGCUAAAGCGAGGGAGGAGCAGGCCCAGCGUGACCAGUUGCAGUGGAUGCAGAUGCAGCAGGCUCUACAACAGCAACAACUACAGAUAGCCCAGCAAGACGGUGACAAUGGACAAGACGACUAUUCAUAGUACACUCAUAUACAUGUUGCCAAUAGCAACAGCACAAACAAUGGGUUGUUAAGAUACACAGCCCUAGGGAUGUUCCGGGCUCAAGUGUCACAAAUUCACAAAAUGAUCUCCAAUAUUGUUGGCAGUCCCGAGUUGUUUGCCAGUGUUGUCACAUGUGACAGAUUGUUAUCAUUUGGAUUAUAUUUUUACCAGUUGAAGAUAAUAAUUUUAGCCCUGGUAAGCCUCUCGACGGUUAGGCAAGUUUGGGUCAUAUAAAGGUGACACUUGGUGACAGUAAUUCUGUGAAGGGUUGUAUGUCUGGGCAGAUUUAGGGAAAGGCUGGCUUGUUAUUACACUCCACCCCACCCCUGUUGCCCUCCAUCACCAGCAAUAACCCGUUGGUAGUGAACUACACUCUACCCAGACUUGUAAUAUUCCAUAUGUUUAGAAGGACAUGGGAGUAAAGUGAAACAUUUAAAAGCCAUUGUUUGCCCUUUAUCAUAUGAAGGCUGGGCAUGUUAUUGCUGGUAUCCUGUCCAUGUGAAUUAAAGGAGAAAUAUUUUAAUUUGCCAUUAACCUUUUGAGAGGAUAAAGUUUGGCAAAAUGAUCCAUAUAUUUUAUAAAUAUCGAAAGUAUAGAUGAUGUUGAAUAUUCUGUUUCUUACAUUGGACAGAAAGGGUUUGUUAUGUAUCUAGGUGUACUGUUCAUGUUUUAUUAUCUUGGGAAAUGGUGUUUCUUAUUAUGUUGAUGUUGUUUUUCUUUGUUUUAAUAGUACUAUAUGUAAAAGUGUGCAUACUGGCUCUGUUAAAAGUGACGAAAAUCAUGCAUUGGAAUGACUUUACUUUUAAAUCUUGUUUGUUAAUUUGUUAACCAAUUUGUUAGGAAAGGUACUGAAAAGUGCUGCAGAAAGGGUAGAAAUGAAAUGGACCCCAAAGGAGAGAAAUGAUGAACAAAAAAGAUGUAGGAAUUUGCACCCCACCCCCACCCACCAAUGUCAAGAAAUAAAAUUAUGAAGAAACUGCU